GGCCGGGCCGGGCCGGGGCGCAGCGGCCAUGGUGCUGUCGGCGCUGCAGCAGGUUGUGCUCUCGGCCGUGCUGGUGUUUUGCCUCUUCGUCGUCAUGCCCAGGAUGUUCGGGGCAGGAGGAGGCGGCGGCCGCGCCGGCCGGUCCCCGCGGGGCGGCAAGAACGUCCCUGGCCACUACGAUCCCCGGCAGCAUCGCAGAGGUGCUCCUCAGACACUUCAUCAACUUCACCUGAAUCCAGAAAAUUCUGAUAGUAAUACUUACCAGAGUAUUCAGCAGAUGAGAAAUGCAAUGGAAAAAGAGAUAAAGAGUGAGAGGAGAGGAAACGGUAGAGAGCUGGCAUUCACCCUCAUGCCCUUGUAUGCACUUGGAGUGGGAGUGUUUGCAGCAUACAAAUUUCUUAAGAUGAAGGCACAUGAAGAAAGUCUCUCCCAAAAGGAAAAAAGUACAGAAGAGAAGGCCAAGGAAACAGAGCAUCAGCUUUUAGAGCUGGAGAAGCAUCUAGCACAGACAGAGAAAAUGUUAAAUUCUUUAUUGACUCAGUUGGAUCCACUGUCAAACUGUGUUAAUGCUCUGGCUUGUGAGCAGAAAGAUGAAAUCAUGACCCAUCUCCAGUCGAUCAGACGACUGAUGAAGGAAAGUGGGUUGGAUAAAUCGGAGCACAAGAUGAAAGAUGUCAGCCACCUUUGUAACGAGAAACUCGAAGAUCUCAUUCAGUCGUUCACUGAACACUCUCAAGAGACAGGUGACAGAGAAGGUGACAGCGACGAAGAUUCGUGUGAGGAAGUGGACAGUGAGUACAGAACAGAAGAGGAGGAAUUACAGCAUGAAUGUCAAGUCCAUCAGUUUGAGCCAGAUGUGGUAGAAGAGCAAGAAAUGAUGAAGGAAGACACCACUGAAUCAGAAGAGAUGGGAGUGAGGAGACGGAACAGAUGUGAAAGAAAUCUGCAGGAGUAAAACCUGCAAAAAACUAGGGUUUUUUUGGUAAUGUUAUAUGCACUUUAAACUGUUGCAGAUGAGGUGAUGUGAGCUGGUAUGUGCUUUAAAAAGAGGAGUGAAAUCCCAUCGUGCUUGCAUCUGUGACAGCUCUGUUUCUGACUUGAGUGGCACCAGGGUUUCACUCAGAAUGUUUACACUUCUUUUCUAUUUAUUGUUUCCUAUGCAGACACUUCUGCACUGUACCUGAUGCACUGUAAUUAGAUCUGAUGCUUCACAAAAGGAUUAGAGUAUCUUGUAAUUAAGGCUAGAAAAAAAAUAGAUGUUCCCUAAAUGUUUUGUAAGUGGUAAGCAUGGAACUGUUGACCCUUGAGUUCAUUAAAGAAUCUGCACUGAUGAAUUUA